CUCCGCACUCGGCGCCGCGCGAGCGGAGGAGGCGCGGGCACUCUGGCCUGGGCUCUUGGAUUCUUGGAGACAGGUUGCUGAGAUCGGGUUGUGCGACACCAUAACUUGCCCCUCCGGGUUUAAUGCUCUGAGCGGCGGAGCCGAGGGGCGGAGGGUCCCCGUGCGGGAUCGGCGGUAGACCGGACCAGGCAGCCGCGGAGCCGCGCGAGGGGCCGGCGCGGGCGGGGCCGGCUUUUCUGUCGGCUGACGCAGACCGGCGCGCUGCGCCUUUAAGGCGUCCAGCAGAGCCGGGCGCCGGGAACUGAGCGGCGCGGGCACGAGCGCUGCCGCCGGACGCGAGCGGGGCCGGGAGCCGAGGACCUGCGUCCGGAUCCGGCGGCUAGACCCAGGCGCCUGAGUCAGGGCUGCCUGGCCUCCCCGCAAGCGACGCUCGGGGCGAAAUGGGUCGGGGACCUGCACCUCUCUUUCUACUCGGUUCGCUCGCUCCGGCAUCAGCCCUUGGACGGGUUUGACAUUCCCGAAUCCCACGUGCCCUCAUUCCCCGGGCUGCCUACCGCCCUAAGCCCAGGGACAAGAAUCUCAUUUUCAGCUUCUGCCAGAGCCAGUAGCAGUUGGGAAAGAAGGCUGUGUUCUUUGAAGACCCUGCAGGUGUCAGCCAAUCUUAAAGAGCAGGAUGGAUCUUGACGUGGUUAACAUGUUUGUGAUCGCGGGCGGGACGCUGGCCAUCCCAAUCCUGGCAUUUGUAGCCUCGUUUCUCCUAUGGCCUUCAGCACUGAUAAAAAUCUAUUACUGGUACUGGCGGAGAACGUUGGGCAUGCAGGUCCGCUAUGUUUAUCACGAAGACUACCAGUUCUGUUAUUCCUUCCGGGGCAGGCCUGGGCACAAACCGUCCAUCCUCAUGCUCCAUGGGUUCUCUGCACACAAGGAUAUGUGGCUCAGCGUGGUCAAGUUCCUUCCCAAGAACCUGCACUUGGUCUGCGUGGACAUGCCAGGGCACGAGGGCACCACCCGAUCCUCCCUGGAUGAUCUGUCCAUAGACGGGCAAGUAAAGAGGAUACACCAGUUUGUAGAAUGCCUCAAGCUGAACAAAAAACCCUUUCACCUGAUAGGCACCUCUAUGGGUGGCCACGUGGCUGGGGUAUAUGCUGCUUACUACCCAUCAGAUGUCUGCAGUCUUUGCCUUGUGUGCCCUGCUGGCCUGCAGUACUCAACUGAUAAUCAAUUUGUACAGCGGCUCAAAGAACUGCAGGACUCGGCCGCCGUGGAGAAGAUCCCCUUGAUCCCAUCCACCCCAGAAGAGAUGAGUGAAAUGCUCCAGCUCUGCUCCUACGUCCGCUUCAAGGUGCCCCAGCAGAUCCUGCAAGGCCUUGUUGACGUCCGAAUUCCUCAUAACAACUUCUACCGAAAGCUGUUUUUGGAAAUCGUCAGUGAGAAGUCAAGAUACUCCCUCCAUCAGAACAUGGACAAGAUCAAGGUUCCAACACAGAUCAUUUGGGGGAAACAAGACCAGAUGUGGUCAGCUUUGGAAAAGAUGCCAGCUCCAGCCACCACGUAUGAAAGAAUAGUUUACAAAAAUCCCUCUGAGCACCACUAUAUGAAAGUCUGCCUAGAAUUUCAGGAUCGUGGGGUUGGACUGAAUGCUGCCCAGUUCAAACAGCUGCUUAUUUCAGCCUUGAAGGACCUCUUUGGGGAGGUUGAUGCAGCCUUACCCUUGGACAUCCUAACCUACGAAGAGAAGACCCUGUCAGCCAUCUUGAGAAUAUGUAGCAGUGGUCUUGUCAAAUUGUGGAGCUCUUUGACUCUGUUAGGAUCCUAUAAAGGCAAGAAAUGUGCUUUCAGAGUGAUUCAGGUUUCUCCAUUUCUCCUUGCCUUAUCUGGUAAUAGUAGGGAACUAGUAUUGGAUUGAAUAGUCUUCCAUUGCAGAAACAUUCCUUUGCUCUCAAAAGCACAUUUUGGUGACAGUAUGCUGUCUGAAGACCGAAACA